AUGUACGGCACCUCAACCGGUCCCCAGACCGGCAUCAAUACCCCCCGGUCCUCUCAAUCUCUCCGCCCUCUUAUCCUCUCACACGGCUCCCUCGAGUUCUCCUUUCUCGUGCCGACCUUGCUCCAUUUCCAUGCCUCCCAGCUGAAGGACGGCUUCACCACAUCAUUACCCGAACCCACAGAUGAAUUGGCCCAGGAUGACGAGCCCUCGUCCGUCACCGAGCUUGUCGCCCGCUACAUUGGUCAUGUCGCCCACGAGGUUGAGGAGGGUGAGGACGAUGCGCAGGGAAGCUAUCUGGAAGUGUUGAAGCUCGUGCUGAACGAGUUUGAGCGAGCUUUCAUGCGCGGCAACGACGUCCACGCCGUGGUCGCCGCCCUUCCCGGAAUUGUCGCCAAAAAAAAUCAGGUCGUCGAGGCCUACUACGCCGGACGUGCCGCCGCCGGUCGGCCCACCAAGCCCUACGACUCGGCUCUAUUCCGGGCUGCCUCGGAUGAGGCGGCCGGUAUCUAUACGGUCUUUGGCGGCCAAGGAAACAUCGAGGAAUAUUUCGAUGAGCUGCGCACAGUUUACACCACCUACCCCUCUUUUGUGGAAGAUCUCAUUGUUUCCUCGGCCGAGCUGCUGCAAUCACUCUCGCGCGAGCCUGAGGCGAACAAGCUCUACCCCAAGGGAUUGGAUGUCAUGAAAUGGCUGCAGGAUCGGGAUGCUCAGCCAGACACGGACUACCUUGUUUCGGCCCCGGUCAGUCUGCCUUUGAUCGGUCUCGUUCAGUUGGCCCACUAUAUGGUGACCUGCAAGGUCCUGGGCCGCCAGCCGGGCGAUCUUCUGGAGCGCAUCCGGGGAACCACUGGUCACUCCCAGGGUGUGGUGACGGCUGCGGCCAUCGCCACAGCCACCAGCUGGGAAUCUUUCGCGACCGCUGCCCGUAAUGCCCUGACUAUGCUGUUCUGGAUUGGUCUGCGCAGCCAGCAGGCCUACCCCCGCACGUCCAUUGCGCCUUCCGUGCUGCAGGACUCCAUUGAGAAUGGUGAGGGUACUCCUACCCCCAUGCUUUCCAUUCGGGAUCUCUCCCGGGCAGCAGUCCAGGAGCACAUCGAUGCUACCAACCAGCAUUUGCCCGAAGACCGCCACAUUGCGAUCUCCCUGGUGAACAGUGCGCGCAACUUCGUUGUGACCGGACCCCCGAUCUCGCUCUACGGUCUCAACCUCCGUCUCCGUAAGGUCAAGGCACCUACCGGCCUAGACCAGAACCGUGUCCCCUUCACUCAGCGAAAGGUUCGAUUCGUGAACCGAUUCCUCCCCAUCACCGCUCCCUUCCACAGCCAAUAUCUCACCUCGGCCUACGACCGCAUCCUUGAGGACUUGGAGGAUAUUGACAUUCCCGCUAAGUCUCUGGUUAUCCCUGUUUUCGACACCAAGACUGGUGACGACUUGCGCCAGCUGGGUGACAAGAGUGCCGUUCCGUCGCUGGUUCGCAUGAUCACUCAUGACGCGGUCAACUGGGAGCAGGCGACCGUCUUCCCUGGUGCCACCCACAUCGUUGACUUUGGUCCCGGCGGUAUCUCAGGUCUUGGUGUUCUUACCAACCGCAACAAGGAUGGUACUGGCGUUCGCGUCAUCCUCGCCGGUGAGAUGGAUGGCACCAAUGCCGAGGUUGGCUACAAACCAGAGCUGUUCGACCGGGAUGAGCACUCCGUGAAGUACGCCGUGGACUGGGUCAAGGAGCACGGCCCACGCCUCGUGCAGACUUCCACUGGUGAGACCUAUGUGGACACCAAGAUGAGUCGUCUGCUGGGUAUUCCUCCGGUCAUGGUGGCCGGCAUGACCCCUACCACCGUCCCCUGGGAUUUCAUCGCCGCCACCAUGAACGCUGGCUACCACAUUGAAUUGGCCGGCGGUGGUUACUACAAUGCUAAGACCAUGACUGCUGCCAUCAACAAGAUUGAGAAAGCCAUUCCCCCUGGUCGUGGUAUCACCGUCAACCUCAUCUAUGUCAACCCCCGUGCCAUGGCAUGGCAGAUUCCUCUGAUCGGUCGUCUGCGCGCUGAUGGCGUCCCCAUCGAGGGUCUGACCAUUGGUGCCGGUGUUCCCUCAAUCGAAGUUGCCAACGAGUACAUCGAGACCUUGGGUAUCAAGCACAUCGCUUUCAAGCCUGGCUCUGUGGACGCCAUCCAGCAGGUGAUCAACAUCGCCAAGGCCAACCCCAAAUUCCCCAUCAUUCUGCAAUGGACCGGUGGCCGUGGUGGUGGUCAUCACUCGUUUGAGGACUUCCACCAACCCAUCCUCCAGAUGUACGGUCGUAUUCGCAAGCAAGAUAACAUCGUUCUUGUUGCCGGUAGCGGUUUCGGCGGAGCCGAGGAUACCUACCCGUAUCUCUCUGGUGUGUGGUCUGCUAAGUUUGGCUAUCCCCCUAUGCCCUUCGAUGGAUGCUUGUUCGGUAGCCGUAUGAUGAUUGCCAAGGAGGCUCACACGUCCAAGAACGCCAAGAAGGCCAUCGCGGAUGCCCCCGGUGUCGACGAUGAGGAAUGGGAGAAGACCUACAAGAGUGCCACGGGUGGCGUUAUUACCGUUUUGUCUGAAAUGGGCGAGCCCAUUCACAAGCUUGCCACCCGUGGUGUUCUGUUCUGGCAGGAGAUGGACCAGAAGAUCUUCAAGCUUGAUAAGGCGAAGCGUGUGCCUGAGCUGAAGAAGCAGCGCAACUACAUCAUCAAGAAGCUGAACGAUGACUUCCACAAAGUGUGGUUCGGUCGUAACACUGCUGGCGAGACUGUGGAUCUCGAAGACAUGACCUACACUGAAGUUGUUCACCGUAUGGUGGAUCUCAUGUACGUCAAGCACGAGUCUCGCUGGAUUGAUGACUCGCUUAAGCGUCUCACUGGUGACUUCCUUCGCCGUGUUGAGGAACGAUUCACGACCGCCAACGGCCAAGCAUCGCUGCUCCAGAACUACUCCGAGCUUGACACCCCCUACCCGGCUGUCGACAACAUUCUGGCCGCUUACCCCGAGGCUGCGAGCCAGUUGAUCAACGCCCAGGACGUGCAGCACUUCCUGCUGCUCUGCCAGCGCCGGGGCCAGAAGCCUGUACCCUUUGUUCCCUCCCUGGAUGAAAACUUCGAGUACUUCUUCAAGAAGGACUCGCUGUGGCAGAGUGAGGACCUCGAGGCUGUUGUUGAUCAGGAUGUGGGCCGAACCUGUAUUCUGCAGGGCCCCAUGGCCGCUCGCUUCUCCAACGUCAUCGAUGAGCCUGUGAAGGACAUCCUUGACGGUGUGCACAAGGGCCACAUCACUGGUCUUCUGCGUGACGUCUAUGGUGGUGACAAGACCAAGAUUCCGGUGGUUGAAUACUUCGGAGGAAAACUGGCCACUCCCGAGGAUGAGCCUGAGCUGGAUGGUCUGACCGUCUCUGAGGAGUCGACCAAGGUCAGCUUCCGUCUGUCCUCUUCUCCUUCUGCCGUGCUGCCUAGCUUGGACCGCUGGCUCCGUCUUCUGGCUGGCAACGCCUAUUCUUGGCGCCACGCCUUGUUCCAAACCGAUGUCUUCGUUCAAGGCCAUCGUUUCCAGUCCAACCCCAUGAAGCGAAUUGUGGCGCCUAACGCUGGCUUGUUUGUGGAGAUUUCCCACCCGAAUGAGCCUGCCAAGACUGUCAUCAGCGUUCGUGAACCUUAUCAGUCGGGCAAGCUGGUCAAGACUGUCGAGGCGAAGAUUACCGAGAAUGGUCAAAUCAGCCUGACCUUGUUCGAGGGCCGUACCGCGGAGAAUGGAGUCGUUCCUUUGACCUUCCUCUUCACCUAUCACCCGGAGACUGGCUAUGCCCCUAUCCGCGAGGUCAUGGGAGAUCGCAAUGAUCGUAUCAAGGAGUUCUACUACCGGAUCUGGUUCGGCAACAAGGACGUUCCCUUCGAUACUCCCACGACCGCUACUUUCAACGGUGGUCGUGAGAUCAUCAGCUCCCAAGCUGUUGCCGAUUUCGUUCACGCCGUCGGCAACACCGGUGAGGCCUUUGUUGAUCGUCCCGGCAAGGAGGUCUUUGCUCCCAUGGAUUUCGCCAUUGUGGCGGGCUGGAAGGCCAUCACCAAGCCUAUCUUCCCUCGUACCAUUGAUGGAGAUCUGCUCAAGCUGGUCCAUCUGUCCAACGGUUUCAAGAUGGUCCCUGGUGCCGAGCCUCUAAAGGUUGGUGAUGUCUUGGACACUACUGCCCAGAUCAACGCCGUCAUCAACCAGGAGUCUGGCAAGAUGGUCGAGGUCUACGGUACCAUCAAGCGUGAGGGCAAGCCCAUUAUGCAUGUCACCAGCCAGUUCUUGUACCGUGGUGCCUACUCGGACUUCGAGAACACUUUCCAGCGCAAGGAUGAGGUGCCCAUGCAGGUCCACCUCGCUACUAGCCGGGAUGUGGCUAUUCUGCGCUCUAAGGAGUGGUUCCGCAUGGAUGAGUCCGAUAUCGAGCUUUUGGGUCAGACCCUCACCUUCCGUCUGCAGAGCUUGAUCCGCUUCAAGAACCAGAAUGUUUUCAGCAGUGUUCAGACUAUCGGUCAGGUUCUUCUGGAGCUGCCCACCAAGGAAGUCAUCCAGGUGGCCUCUGUGGAAUACGAGGCCGGCGAUUCUCACGGCAACCCCGUGGUUGACUACCUUGAGCGCAAUGGAACCUCAAUCGAGCAACCUGUCUAUUUCGAGAACCCUAUCCCUCUCAGUGGCAAGACUGCCCUGGAGCUGCGUGCUCCAGCCUCCAACGAGACCUACGCCCGUGUUUCCGGUGAUUACAACCCCAUCCACGUCUCGCGCGUCUUCUCCAGCUAUGCCAAUCUCCCGGGUACCAUUACCCACGGUAUGUACAGCAGUGCCGCCGUUCGAAGCCUUGUGGAGACCUGGGCUGCUGAGAACAACAUCGGCCGUGUUCGUGGCUUCCACGUCUCUUUGGUCGGAAUGGUGCUUCCCAACGAUAUGAUCACCGUGAAGCUCCAGCACGUUGGCAUGAUUGCUGGUCGCAAGAUCAUCAAGGUCGAGGCUAGCAACAAGGAGACCGAGGACAAGGUUCUGCUGGGCGAAGCCGAGGUCGAGCAGCCUGUCACCUCCUAUGUUUUCACUGGCCAGGGUUCGCAGGAACAGGGUAUGGGUAUGGAGCUCUAUGCCAGCAGCCCUGUCGCCAAGGAGGUUUGGGACCGCGCCGAUCGCCACUUCAUCGAGAACUACGGUCUCUCUAUCAUCGAUAUUGUCAAGAACAACCCCAAGGAGCUCACUGUCUACUUCGGUGGUCCUCGGGGCAAGGCCAUUCGCCAGAACUACAUGUCGAUGACUUUCGAGUCGGUCAACGCCGAUGGGUCCAUCAAGUCGGAGAAAAUCUUCAAGGAGGUUGACGAGAACACUGCUUCGUACACCUACCGCUCACCUACCGGUCUUCUCUCCGCUACUCAAUUCACCCAGCCCGCUCUGACUUUGAUGGAGAAGGCCAGUUUCGAGGACAUGCGCUCUAAGGGUCUUGUGCAACGGGACAGCAGCUUCGCUGGUCACUCUCUUGGUGAAUACUCUGCUUUGGCUGCUCUGGCCGACGUCAUGCCCAUCGAAAGCUUGGUUUCCGUUGUGUUCUACCGUGGUCUGACCAUGCAGGUUGCUGUCGAGCGUGACGAGCAGGGUCGCUCCAACUACUCCAUGUGCGCUGUCAACCCCAGCCGCAUCUCUAAGACCUUCAAUGAGCAGGCUCUGCAGUACGUCGUGGAGAAUAUUGCGGAGCAGACUGGCUGGCUUCUGGAGAUUGUCAACUAUAACGUGGCCAACAUGCAGUAUGUGGCUGCGGGUGAUCUCCGUGCGCUCGACUGUCUCACCAACCUGUUGAACUUCCUCAAGGCUCAGAACAUCGAUAUCCCCUCCCUGAUGCAGAGCAUGUCGCUGGAGGAUCUCAAGGCUCACCUGGUGAGCAUCAUCCAAGAGUGCGUCAAGCAGACCGAGGCCAAGCCCCGGCCCAUCCAGCUGGAGCGUGGCUUUGCCACCAUCCCGCUGAAGGGCAUUGAUGUGCCUUUCCACAGCACUUUCUUGCGCUCUGGUGUCAAGCCCUUCCGGUCCUUCUUGCUCAAGAAGAUCAACAAGACCACCAUCGACCCCAGCAAGCUCGUUGGCAAAUACAUCCCCAACGUCACUGCUCGUCCCUUUGAGAUCACUAAGGAGUACUUCGAGGAUGUCUACAAGCUGACCAACUCGCCUCGCAUCGCCUCGAUCUUGGCCAACUGGGACAAAUACGAAGAGGGCAACGAGAACGCUGCUGCCCGCGCAGCCUAA